GCGUUCCACUGCGUUCCACUGCGUUGCACAUGGGAACCGAGAGCAAGGAGAGAGGGCAUGCAUAGUAGAGUGAGAUAGAAUGUAACAGAUUACCGUGCUACUGAAUGUAUGCUGAUACAAUGGAAAGUAAAAGUCCUGGAUAUGUAACACCAAAAAAGCCAGCUUUAUCAGCUAGUGCAAGAAAAAUCAAAGACAAUGCAGCAGACUGGCAUAAUCUGAUGCUUAAAUGGGAGACAUAUAAUAAUGAUUCAUUUACUAUAGCAAGCAAGAUUGUUAAUCUAAAAAUAAUUACUGAAUCUGCAGAUAGCAUGUUGGAUGAAACCACACCUAAUAAGGAUAAUAUAACGACAGACAAAGUGGAAUUGGACAGACUGUGCUCAGAAUUACUUCACAUAUUAGAAAAUAUGGAAAAAAUAUGGACCAAGCUGGAGAAGAUAACCGUCACUUUUAAAGGAAUCUGUGACCUUGAAGCAUAUCAGUUUCCUGGUGACAUUUCUAAGCCAGUUCAUUUUCACACUUGGCCAACAACCCUUUUCUAUGAGACCUCCAAAACAAUGGUAGAUAUGUACAAGAAAGAAAUGGAGCUUAAAAGGACUAUUAUCGGGGAUCUUGCACAUACAUCAGAUCAGGACUUACGGAUGGUGUAUUUAUCGUGUUGGUUAUACCAGCCUUAUAUUGACAACAACAUCAAAGUCUUACUUGAAAGCAUGCUGCUGGAAACAGGACACAGAACCUUUUGAUGGUUUUGGACCCUUUAGGGCUCUGGUACACGGGGAGAUUAGUCGCCUGCAACAAAUGUCCCUUGUUGCGGGCAACUAAU